AUGAACGUGAUGAAUCAGCUCCGUUGCUUCCUGACGGGCAUCCGCGACUACGUCUUUCCUAAGAUUCCGUUGCAGCGUCUUCGUGUUGGGGAAGACGGCAGCAUCGAAUGCUUUGGAGGAGGGAGGAAGCACUGGGUCCUAAGAAGUGACUCCGAUGUGUACACGGUUCGCUACAAGUACUUUGUGAAGCAUCCUAAUGUUCGCGGCGGUAGAUUUUCAGUCACCGCUCCCCCUUCCCACUAUCAUCUGGUUCAAACAGAGACACUUUCAGUCAUAUCUGGCGUCCUGGGAUACAUGCUCGAUGGCGUGGUACGCACUGCGGGACCGGGUGAAACUGUCACAUUCAAGCCAUUUCAUACUCACGGGUUUUGGGCAGAGGACAGUUCUGGGGAAGAUUUGUUAUUCGACCUCACGGC